AUGGGUGACUAUGAAGGCGCUUUGGCAAAUAGCAAGGAAGCUAUUGCAAUUCAAGAGCCGUUAUUGGGCAAGAAUCAUCCUGAUGUGGCAACAACCUACUACAACAUUGCUGCUCUUUUGGAUGACAUGGGUGACUAUGAAGGUGCCUUGACAAAGUACAAAGAGUGUCUUGCCAUUUUUGAAUCAGCAUUGGGUGCAUUGUCAAAGUACAAGGAAACUCUUGCCAUCCAAGAGGCAGUAUUGGACAAGGAUCAUCCUGAUGUGGCAUGCAGUUACAACAAUAUUGGUUCAGCAGUGCAGCAUAUGGGUGACUAUGACAGUGCUUUGUCAAAUCACAAGAAAGCUCUUGCCCAAUACUGA